CGCGUCUCGUCUUGUGCCGCUUCCGCAAACCAGUCCGCCGGGACAUCGUUUCGCGUCAGCCAAUGAAUAGUCCACAAGAACGCUGCCUCUCUGUUGUUUUUUCUCGAUGCGGCAGCAGUUCCGUCAGAUCAUCGUCGUGUGCGGCAUGGAGGUGAAAGGGGAGAUGGGACAAUGGUGCUCGUUGUGACUUUCAAGCAGCUUCCCAAAAAUCAGCCACUUCCGGCGCCGACAAACGCAAUGGCGGUUUUUUCUCAGGCCAUGUCCAAUGUGCAAGUUCGCCCUCCCCCCCUCCCCCCCUGGCUUCCGAGGCCGUCGGGCGAAGUCGACUUUUUACUUCAAGGCUCUCACUAUGCCGAUUUUCUUUACUUGUCUGGGACGAAGGUUCACAAUGGAAGAGGCUCGGAAAUUCAAAUCUGGAUUGAAUGACACGCUCCUCGCGAAUCAAUCAAUGAUUUUGACUCAGCGGAGCAGGCGAAGCUUGCCCCUCCAAGACACUUGUGCACGCCACACCACACACACCACACCCUCUCCGAUACCAUUUCGUCUCAACAAUCUCCUCCCAGGAGGCCUUGCGAGGUGACGUAUCACAGAUAGCUUAGGCGAGAGGCAUCUCCGGCACUGGCCAAGCCGCAUCUCGACCAUGUCUUGGCCGUGUCUUGUUCAUCAGGUCCGAUCCGGACCCGUGGGGCGGGCGAGGAAUGACCGGGCCGGGGGUUUCGGGCUCAGUUGGCGGAGGUGCGGGGUAACCGGCUGCCAAGCGCCGGUCCGGUUCCGGCGGCCACUCACCUACCUUUUUAUGUACGAAUACAGCAGACUAUCAGUCCGGCCUAGGUCCUCCCUUCUCACUCCUUGGCUAUAUUUGGCGACCUCUCAUCCCAUCAGAUAUUAUCCUUACCAACACAGCCAGUGAAGCAGGCCAUGCCACACAAGGCACGCGUGCUCCUCGUCGGCGGCGGCGGCAUUGGCACCAUAGCCGCCCUCAAUCUCGAACACGGGGGCCUGGCCGAAGUCACAGCCGUGCUCCGUUCCAACUUCGACAUCGUCAGCCGCAAAGGCUUCUCCAUCAUCUCAUGCGACCACGGCACCUUGGAGAAUUGGCGUCCCGCCCGAGUCUUGAGCUCCGUCCCGAACACAUCAGAAGCAAUCUCCGAGGAACGGUAUGACUACCUCGUUUGCUGCACCAAGAACGUCCCCGACGCCGGCUCGCCGCUCCCUGACAUCGUCGCCCCCGCCGUCACCCUCGGCCACACCGUCAUUGUUCUCAUCCAAAACGGGCUCAACAUCCAGCGGCCCUUCUUCGACCGCUUCCCAUCCAACAUCGUCCUCUCGGGUGUGAGCCGCGUCGACGCCCACGAGGUGUCUCCCGGCGUCGUUGAGCAGAAACAGCACGACCUGCUGCACAUCGGCGCCUUCCGGAACCCCCGCCUUGACGACGACGAGGAGCAGCAGGCCCGCGCUGUGCGGCGCUUCGUGGCGCUCUACGCCGCCGGAGGGGCGGCCACGUGUCUACACGAGCCGGACGUCGACCUCGACCGUUGGCGCAAGCUCGUGUACAACGCCUCGUUCAACCCGAUCUGCGCCCUCACGGGCCUGAACGCCAGCGAGCUGCAGAUGACAGGCAAGACGAUGGACGCGAUGGUCAUCCCGGCCAUGAGGGAGGUCCUCGCGGUGGCGGCGGCGGCGGGCCACGAGAUUCCUGGGGACAUCGUGGAGAAGACCAUCCAGCUCAACCCCGUCGAGGAAAACAUCAAGCCCAGCAUGCAAGUCGACUUUGAAAAGGGCAACCUGAUUGAGCACGAAAACAUCCUCGGCGAAGUGGUCCGGGAAGCGCAGAGGCACAACGUCGCCACGCCCAUCUUGACCGUCCUGUACGAACUAUGCUGCGCCCAUCAGUGGAGGUUCAAGAAGGACAAGGGCCUUGGAUGUUGAGACGACGAGAAGCGUGUCAAUUGGCGUAUUGUCUUCAGCAGAAGAGCGUCUACGGAUUCGCCUGGACUGCCUUUUCGAGAAGGCGGGUCUCGUCUUUGACUGUCGAAAAGACCACCAGAUAUACGAUGGCGACGAGGAGGCGAUCAGAGCUCUUGGGGCUAUGUUAGAAAGGCAGCGUUCUCUACUACCGACUCAGAGAUACUGACAAUCACAGAAAAGGUCUGAAUCAACGAGACGGAUUGAAGUCCGCCAAUACAUUAUUCAGAGCCACAGGUUGGCCGCCUUGUCGCCCGCGUCUCAAAAAAAAGGCCCAGCUCAACCUUUGUUCCUCGGUAUCGAAUCAUCUCCCGUGCCCUACGGCUGUUCUGAGAGAUCCGGCGGCGUCUAUCAAGAAUUUCGCUGUUAGCUGUGUAUUCCCAAGGCGUGGUCGGGUUUCGACCAUGGCUCUCGUCCAAAGUGCUCUGACUCUAACAAGACAACUGGACCGACUGCCGUGCCUUUUGACUGGCUUGGCAAACACUUUCAACUCUGGCUUCGGCACUGUUCGAUGCUGACGGACGGCUUAUUUUCUGUAUCUAGCACAUCAAUUUCAUCGACACACCGUUUCUCCUAAUAUAUCGU